UGAACCUAGAAUCCGGGCGGCAUUGGCUCGGGGAUAGCUGAGUCUGCGGUGGGCUUUGGCCCAUAGUUAAGAAGCCCAGGUCGCCUGUCCACCCCGGAGACCCCUCAGCAGCCUGGAUUUGGCAUGGCUGGGUCAGGUUCAUGCACUGAUUCAUCCAGCUAAAGACUGUGGAAAGCCAGGGGCGAGAUGACCUCCAUCUUGCGAAGUCCUCAGGCUCUCCAGCUCACACUAGCCCUGAUCAAGCCUGAUGCAGUUGCCCACCCUCUGAUUCUAGAGGCUGUUCACCAGCAGAUUCUGAGCAACAAGUUCCUCAUCGUACGAACGAGAGAACUACAAUGGAAAAAGGAAGACUGCCGGAGGUUUUACCGAGAGCAUGAAGGGCGUUUCUUCUAUCAGCGGCUGGUGGAGUUCAUGGCCAGUGGGCCAAUCCGAGCCUACAUCCUUGCCCACAAAGAUGCCAUCCAGCUUUGGAGGACACUGAUGGGACCCACCAGAGUAUUUCGAGCACGCCACGUGGCGCCAGAUUCAAUUCGUGGGAGUUUGGGCCUCACAGACACCCGAAAUACUACCCAUGGCUCAGACUCCGUGGUUUCCGCCAGCAGAGAGAUUGCAGCUUUCUUCCCUGACUUCAGUGAACAGCGCUGGUAUGAAGAGGAGGAACCGCGGCUGCGCUGUGGCCCUGUGUGCUACAGUCCAGAGGAAGGCGUCCACUGUGCAGCUGAAACAGGAGGCCCCAGACCAGCCCGGUAA